GGCUCGAAUCUUAAGGCUUCACGGACGUCUGAAGCGGGUUACAGACAAGACUUAAAUCACCACAGUCAUAUUUUAUCCGCAGAAGGCAUCGUCAAGCGCCGAUGCAUCGAUGAAUUUCUCCGGGAAACUACAAAACGUCCUCCUGCUGGUGCUCCUCGCAGCGCAAGGCUGUUUCUCAUCUAAGGGGGAGGACAGAUUAUUCCGGAGGUUGUUCAGGAGGUACAACCAGUUCAUCCGACCAGUGGAGAAUGUGUCAGAUCCAGUCACAGUGGAGUUUGAGGUCUCGAUAUCUCAGCUGGUCAAAGUGGAUGAGGUGAAUCAGAUUAUGGAAACAAAUCUGUGGCUGAGACAUGUGUGGAAUGACUACAAACUGAAAUGGGCUCCUGUUGAAUACGACGGCAUAGAGUUCAUACGAGUUCCCUCCAAUAAAAUUUGGAGGCCAGACAUUGUUUUAUACAACAAUGCCGUAGGUGACUUCCUCGUGGAAGACAAAACCAAGGCUCUGUUGAAGUUUGAUGGCACCAUCACCUGGGUUCCUCCAGCUAUUUUCAAGUCCUCUUGCCCCAUGGACAUCACCUACUUUCCCUUCGACUACCAGAACUGCUCCAUGAAGUUCGGCUCCUGGACCUACGACAAGGCCAAGAUCGACCUGGUGCUCAUUGGCUCAAAGGUGAACCUGAAAGACUUCUGGGAAAGUGGAGAGUGGGAGAUCAUCGACGCACCAGGAUACAAGCACGACAUCAAGUACAACUGCUGCGAGGAGAUCUACCCGGACAUCACCUACUCCUUCUACAUCCGCCGCCUGCCUCUCUUCUACACCAUCAACCUCAUCAUCCCCUGCCUCCUCAUCUCCUUCCUCACAGUGCUGGUCUUCUACCUGCCGUCUGACUGCGGCGAGAAGGUCACCCUGUGCAUCUCCGUCCUGCUCUCCCUCACCGUGUUCCUGCUCGUCAUUACUGAGACCAUCCCUUCCACGUCACUCGUCAUCCCUCUGAUCGGCGAGUACCUCCUCUUCACCAUGAUUUUUGUCACGCUCAGCAUCGUCAUCACUGUCUUUGUGCUGAAUGUCCACUACCGCACCCCCAUGACUCACACCAUGCCCGAGUGGGUGAGGUCCGUGUUCCUCGGCGUGCUGCCCAGGGUGAUGCUCAUGAGGCGACCUAUCGACCAGGGCUGCUCCCCUCCCGCCAGCAUUACAGGAGGGACAGGAGGAGGGAACAAGAAGAGGAAGAACAGUAUAGGAGGUGGAAGUGGCUCAACAAGUGUAAGUGUUGGGGGUAUAACUGGAGGCGUACCGUGUCCACCGGUGGACGGUGGAGCAGGUGGAGGUGGAGGAGGAGGAGGAGCCUCAGCUGGCGGCUCCAUGAACUGUGUGGAGUACAGUGACGUGAACCGUGACAUGAACCGGGAUAUGAACAGGAGGUGCCCCUACAGAGGCAAGGAGGUACCCACUCCUGUGCCUCCCCCGAUGGGGCCACCUCCUCCCCCUCCUCCCCCUCCUCCUCCUCCUCCUCCUACUACUACUACUACACAGGCACCCCAAACACAAGGGCCCCAGGAGUCAGAGUUGCCCAAGGUGCCGAGGUCACUGAACGCCCCUUCGCCUGUCAACGCGAUUGUUGCUUUCUCCGUGGUGUCGCCAGAGAUCAAGCAGGCCAUAGAGAGCGUGAAGUACAUCGCAGAGAACAUGAGGACUCGCAACAAAGCCAAAGAGGUGGAGGACGACUGGAAGUACGUGGCCAUGGUCAUCGACAGGAUCUUCUUGUGGGUUUUUGUAACAGUGUGUGUGCUGGGAACAGUGGGACUCUUCCUCCAGCCGCUCAUCAGCUUCCUAAAAUGAGAAACUCGUCUCUGUCCUGUCUCUUUCUCUCUCUUUUUGUCUACUUCUGUCUGUCUCUAUGAACCACUUGAAUUACGUUGGGAAUUAUCCCUUCUGCAGCUCUUUCACAUCAAACACUGUCUUCUUUCUCCUUCUCUGGCAUUUUGUCUCUCUCCUCUCCGUCUCAUGCUCUUCUCUGGGACUCCAUCAUCAGCCAUCACUUUUGGCUCUCAGCUGUCUGUUUCCUCACAUGACUUACCCUGAUUUCCCCAUUUCAUCUUUGCCUUGCCCUCUCACUGUGCACGCGAUGCUGUUUUCUGACAUGAUUAUCACAUCUGCUCUUUCCCUUUCUCUGUUUUUCUCCUUUCCUGUGCCAUGUUCUGACCUGCCGCUGCCUGCAGCUUAUCUCUUCACCGCUGUCUUUUCUCUCCCAUUGUGUCCAUUCUCCUCUGCAUAUCCAUUCUACGCGUUUUACUCAAAAUGUCCACUCAGUCAUUAUUUCUGUACAGUUUUAUGCAAUAUGUUUAACAAUGUCAGGUAAUUAUUAAAGUAAUUAUAACUAUAAUUGCUAUAGAAGAACCUCUUAACCUUUAAAUCACUGAGAAAUAAGAACUUGAAUACCUUUGUGCAGUAGGACUUUGCCAUUGUAAGCCGGUGCAAUAAAGAAUUUCUAAGUACAUUUCUAUUACUGACAGCUGGAAAUAAUAUACAUGAUGUUGUGUUGUGAAGGUCAUUUGAUGGCUGCCACUUUUUCUUCAGGAUGUUUUACUCUGUUGUCAGACCUCUGUAUUUCCUUGUA